AUGUUCACCAGUAAAUCAUUUCUCAGUCUCCGAGAAUAUGCCAGACGCCCGGCGCUAACUGAAGAUAUAUCUAUUUCGGGACCCAAAAAUGGGGACGAGACUCACUUAAUCAAAUGCCACGACGGAAAGCGAGGACUUGCCCGUACAGGCCCCAGUCUCAAACAAGCAAACCCAAAAGAUGGGUCCGAGGUAGCAAUGGUAGCCACGGGUGACAAAAAUAACGGUUAUGGACAUAUAACCUUCACCAAUGAAAAUCAUGAUACCAGUUGCAAUUCGCCAUCAGCACAAAGGUUACAUUCAAAGCAACACACGACAAGUGUUACUUCCAGUUCGCUUGCCAUUUCAUGUUUAAAGGAUUAG